AUCAACAACUCCCCUAAUUUUAUGUGUCCAUUUAUAGAUGCCAUACAUUUUCCUCUACAAGCCUCUCCUCCAUUUCUCUUCCCAAACUCUCUCUCUUACUCAAACUCUUCAUUAAUGUGAGUAUGUAGUGUGACCAGAAGAAAUGGGAAGAAGAACACUAAAAAGCCCCAAAUCCUACACCCUCCCUUCUUCCCCAACCCAUUCUCUCUCCUCCUCCUCCUCAUCCGCCUCCGACUUCGAAUUCUCCAUCUCUCUCUCUCCUCUAAAAUCCUCCUCCACCACCACCACCACCACCACCCUCUGCCCCGCCGACGACCUCUUCUACAGAGGCCAACUCCUCCCCCUCCACCUCUCCCCUCGCCUCUCCAUGGUCCGCUCCCUCCUGCUCUCCUCCACCACCACCUCCCGCGACUCCACCGCCAGUUCCUCCUCUUCCUCCUUCUCUUCCCGCCCCAGCUCCGCCACCGACGACGACCUCAACCGCCACCACCAUACCAAAAUCAAAAAACCCAAAAAACCCUUCUCGCUCUCCCGAUUCUCCUCCGUCUUCCGCAAAGAAUCAAACCCGAAUAACCCAUCUGGAUCAUCCGUGAAGCGAUUGAGCUCAACCGCCAAGGAAGUCAUAUUCAAGUAUUUAAACAAAGUGAAGCCUCUCUACGAGAAAAUGGGGGUGAAAUUGAGAACAACCCAUGAUAGAUCUAUGAAUUGCAGAGACGUAUCAUUGAUUCAGAACAACAACAACAACAACAAUGGUGGAGGAUUUUCGAAUUCGUUUUCGAGGAAUUUGAGGUACCCACGUAGGAGAAACUGCGUUUCGAGCUGUCCGUCGUCGAUGCGAUCGUCGCCGACUCAUUCUGGGGUUUUGAUCGGAAGUGGGUUUUUGAAUUCGAGUGGAAUUAGCGGGGUGGGAUGUGGAGAUUCAUCGUCGUCUACCAUGGAAGAGUUGCAGAGUGCUAUUCAAGGAGCUAUAGCACAUUGUAAGAACUCUAUGGUUCAGAAUAAGAUCAGUAUGGUUAGUAAUGAGAGUUGAAUAAAAGCAUUUAAAAGAAAAAAAAAUAGAAAAAAACUAUAAAUGUAAAAAAAUUCAGUGAAAUUUUUAUAUUUGCGUCUCGUUCUAUAUUUGUAAAAAGAUUGCUGUUUAGCAUAGCUGUAAAAAAUGAAAAAAUAUAAGAAAUUGAGAUGUUUUUUUGA